AUGAAAGCCUGCCAAGGGUUCAUCUACCUCGUCUCACUUUUUGUAUUAGUCACCGGCGUCUGGUCUGCCCUUCCCCUUCCCAAAGACAAAAUUGUCCCGUUGUACUCGCACACCUGGGAACCGAAAACUGCAGAAAUGGGGCUACAAAAACAAUAUCUCAAGGGGAAUAACACCCCUUUUUCGAGUAGAGUUCUUGUGAAAGAGAUCGAAGUCGAAGGAAAAAAAAGGUUUGCUGUUAUGGCCGACAAUCCGUUCUCGCAUGAGUUGCAUGUCAAUCUCAAAGUCGAUGGCAGGGAAAUAGGCAAACCGGAAAAAAUACGUUUCUCGGUGCCUUCUUCCGGCACCGACGGAAAAUUAACGCGCAUCGCUGUAUUGCAACACAAGCCGAAAACUCUAGUUGCUGAAUUCGGACAAACUCAACCUCUUGUAAACUUAAUCAAAGCAGAACAUGCAGAUCGACAGUGA